GAUGAUGUAUAUAAAGGGGGCACAGAGCAAGUCUCCAUCACAGAUCAGACCAGAUCAGCCCUGAAGAUCAAAGUCUUUCAUCCAAACAGAAGAAGAACAUCUGUCUCUGUCGGGGAACCAUGAAGACGCUGCUGACUCUCCUUUUUCUGACUCUGAUCUGCUUCCUGCAUCACACCUCUGCCAGUCCGCUCGCAACAGAGUUGAUGCUAAAGGGAGGAUGCUGUACAGGAUUCAACCGAACAGCAGUUCCUAAGUCGAAGGUGAAACAUGUGGGGAUGACCCCAGAUGACUGCACAAACAAAGCAGUUGUAGUCACAACAGUGUGCGAUAAGAAGAUUUGUAUUGAUCCCACCUGGACCUGGGCCAAGAAACUUUUGUCAGCGUUUGAGAAAUCAGCUGGCAACACUGCAUCACCAGCUGCCCCCUCCUCUAAGUGUUGAAGGAGCAAAAACAAUGUGAGAAUGAUGUUCCUUGAUGUAUAAAUAACUAUUACCUGUAAUCUAAGUUCCUUUAUUAAUAGAAUGUACAUGUCUGUAUGUGAUUAAAAAACCAGAGGCAACUUGUGAAAGACACAUCACUGAGGCUUUUGUAAAUGAAGUGGUAUGAUGCAUGUGUGACAGUUGAGUUUUAAUUUAAUAUUUUCAGUGAUUAAAGCAGAGUGUUUAAAAUGUACAGUAUAUUUAAUGAU